AUGAGAAAAAUUCUACUCGAUAAGGUCCGUGAAGAUUUUUCACAUACUCAUCCUGAAUUUAACACUUUACAAUCUAAACCAUAUGCUAGUGGUGGACAUUCAACUGGGUCUAAUAACACUUCUCCUAAUACCAAUGCUAACAAUACUGCUAUUAACACCAUUGUCAAUCCAUUCACAUUGCCAUCACAAUUAAUAGGUAAUGUUCAUCAUCAUCAGCAGCAACAAUCACCACCACAACAACAACAACACAUGAUACAAUCAUCCAUUCAUGUCAUUCCAUAUAAUAAUAUUAGCACUACUGCAUCUGUACCAGUAAUUACAAAUCAGAGCAUUGUAUUUCCACCUCCACUCCUACAAGGCACACAAACAACUGCAUCUCAUCCAACUAGUUCAUCAACCAUGACUCAUCAACACGUUUAUGAAUCUAAUAAUAGAUUAUCAUCACUGUCAAGUCCUUCUGAUGAAGAUGAAGAAAUGACUGAACAACUCAAUAUUGCUGAACCAUUAGUCAAUCAAUCUACCAACAGUAGUAGUACUGGUAGCAGUAGUAGUCAUUCAAAUAAUACAAGUAGUCCAGAAUCAAAGAAGAGAAAAUCAACGAGAAGAACAUCAAAUACAAGACGAAGAAGUCAUUCCAAUCAAUCAAAUCAUUCAAAUGAUCAAACAGUUGCUUCUAGUUCAUCAAAUACUCAGGAGCUCAAUGCUUUUGUACAUCAAACCACGUGUUGUAUUCAAAAUUGUACAAAGGAUGUUUCAAAUCGUUUAAGAUUUUCUCUCAGAUGUGAAACAGAGUUCAAGCCAGAUUAUAUUGCCAAGUUCUGGAAUAAUAUUUGUAAUUAUUGUUAUUUCCAUGAUUUAUAUCAAUGGAAAAAGUUGAAUCAACAAACAGAUUCAAAUACUUCAAGUGCUACUUCAACAAGCACAACUAAACGAAAGAAUACUUCCAGCACCUCUUCAAGUGGUAGAAAGAGAGCUAAUUCAUCACUAAGUACAAAUAGCACAACAAGUACAAGAAGUUCAAAGAGUGUUAAAAGUGAGCAUCAGGAUCAAAUUUCACAUCAUCACCAAGAUCACCAACAGGAAUACUUGAGUCCACCAUCAUCAUCAAAUAAUAAUACCACCACCGCCACCACUAAUGGUCAUUCACAUGCUAAUAAUUUAAAGAAGGUGAAUGAAGUUUAAAAAUCGCGACUGAACUCUCUCACUUGUAAAUAUUACAAAAAAAUAAACUUUACAAAUCCAUAUUUUAAUGAUAAU